UCAUAGAACCAAAGGAAUGAAUGAGAACCACUGGAACAAGAUAUAAAGAAAAGAAUACAAAUGUGUACUUGAAGAUACACUUGAACAUUGUUUGCAUUUUGCAAAUGGCCAUGCAACAUUACCUCUGUACAUGGAAAUCCACCUCUGCUCCUCAGAUUUCUAUGAGCCAGCCUUCCCAAGACAACAAAGAUACAUUGGACAAGACAUCAUACCGCCUAGAUAAACCUCCCUCGGAGCAGUUUAUACCACUUGCAUCCCGGUUUCAGAGGCGACUUGUGACAGGAAUUGGCUCAGCUUCUUUAGUUGCAGUUGGUGCUAAUUUUGCUGGAGUUACUAGCUUUCUUCUUGGAAAUUUUCCGGAUAAUUCAAGGAGUCUAAAGUUGGACGUGCUUUACCCGAUUGGAGGGUAUAGUAGAUGCAUUGAGAAGGAAGAAGGAUUUGAAUUUAUAUAUCCAUCAAACUGGGUCGGUGAUCAGACACUUUUAUACAGAGCUGCUGGUAAAGCAGAAUCACAAAGAUUGCUUGAUCCCCCUCCUCUAAGUCGUCGUCGUAGAAAUAUAAAUGAACCAGUUGUUGCAUUUGGUCCUCCUGGAUCCACAGGAGAGCUCAAUGUCAGUGUUAUUGUUUCACCAGUUGCUCCUGAUUUCUCAAUCGAAGCAUUUGGAGAAGCGAAUGAGGUUGGAGAAGCAGUGGUCCGCACAAUCACCAAAGCAGCGCGACAGCCAGAUGUUAAAGGCAGCUUGAUUCAAGCAAGUUUGAGGGAGGAUAAAAUAUCAAAGAAUUUAAAAUACUAUGAGUUGGAGUAUAAAGUCGAAAGUUCAACAUUCCAGAGGCAUAACAUUGCAGUUUGUUGUGCUUACAAAGGGAAGCUGUUUACUCUAAAUGCACAAGCACCUGAAUCUGCAUGGCCAAAGUUGAAAUCUGACUUCUAUAAAAUAUCCAAUUCCUUUACUUUGAUUGAUACUUGAUGCCGAAUGUAAAGAACAAUGAUUCUGUUUAGUAAAUGAGAAGCUAUUUUUGGCGCAA